AUGAUAUAUUCCGUGAGGGAUCGUAAAUUCUAUCUCAACAGGGUGAGUCAUAAAGAGUACGAUGGUCCAAUUGAUCUCGUCGACACUAGCUCCGGCUUCCCUCAGAUGAGUCUGUUCCAGGGAUUCCCUCUCUCCGACAUCCCCCAGAGUAGACUAGAACAGGUCUCCUCAAUUACCAAUUCUCAACACAUUGUCGAGUCACCAUCUGGCGAAUCCUUCGUCGUUUACUGGUGUAACGAGUACUUGAACAGAGAAGAAAUCGAGCCUUCACGUGCCAAGGAACCUCCUUAUCAAUCCUCCAUCACGAAGAAGCCCACGGGGUUUGUGGUCUUUAGGCAAGACCCUGAGCAAAAGAUGAGUUGUUACACUGAAGACAUUGGCGAUCUCUGCAUUUUCCUAGGCAGCAACGAGGCCUUUUGCGUCUCUGCAACCGAAUAUCCUGGACUUAAGCCUAAUUCCGUCUACUUUGCAGACCUUGACACAGGCUUCGGUUUCUACGACCUCUCUUCCAAAACGCUCCAUGCCGUCAUCAAUCCGCCCCCUUUCUACUGCACCACAAGUGGCUGGCCCCUCUCCAGUAAAAUUUAA